AUGUCUUCCCCUCGCAAAGUAAUUGUUUUCGGCGCAACGGGCGCAAUUGGCUCCGUCACCGCUCUUCAAGCCCAUCAAGAAGGUGCCCAGGUCUCCAUUGCUGUUCGGGAUACCACAAAGCCCAUCCCUAUUCUCGAUGGCCUCCCCAUUGAGAAGGUUCAAGCAGAUCUCACCAAACCUGAAACACUUACAGCUGCUGUCCGUCAAACCGGCACCACGGCUGCUUAUAUUUAUGCCGUCUUCGAUCAACCAGACCGCAUGGUUGGCAGUCUCACCGCACUGAAAGAAGCAGGAAUCACCUUCAUCGUGUUCCUAAGCAGCUACACUGUGCACAAAGACCCAAGGUUGAUUUCCCCGGAUAACUAUGUUUCUUACGUGCACGGUCAAGUGGAAAUCUCGCUUGAAGAAGUUUUCGGGAUCGAGAACUUCGUGACUAUUCGCCCCGCAUUCUUCUCUAGCAAUGUCUUCUGGUUUUACCCCGGUAUCUUGGCCGGAGAAGUCAAGCAUCCCAACCCCGAAUGUGUGUUCGAUUAUAUCUCGACUGAUGACAUUGGGCGUGUGUCUGGUGUCAUCUUGGCGAAUGGAUGUCAAGAACACGCCGUUUACCUUGCUGGUCCGGAGAAAAUUGACUUCACUGAGGCCUUCAAUAUUCUCGGAGAAGUUCUGGAUAAGAAGAUCAAGACAACUCUUACUCCUAUUCCGGAGGUGAAGGCUGAAAUGGUGAAGCUUGGUAUCCCGGAACCAGUAGCCCAGUGGAUUGUCACUGAUGAGACAGAGAAUGCGGGGAGCUUCUACCCUCUCCCUUGGUAUCAACAGUCCAUUGAUAACGUCAAAAAGUACACGAAGAGGGACCCAGUCAGUUUCCGGGAAUGGGCGCAGGAUAACAAGAAUAAGUUUUGA